CCCUUGCCAAACACCUAUAGUUGUAUUUGCACAUGUAUAUAAAUAUGUAUUGAAAAAUUUAAUUUCUUUAGUGUGAAUCAUUUUUUAUAUUUUAUCUGCAAUACUUUCGGUAAUUAUACGAGAAAUCUUAUAAGCAACUUACGAGGAUGGCCGAUACUGAUGAAUUGGAGAAUAUGGUAUUAAGUUUUCGGGUCUCUGAGCUUCAGAUGCUUUUAGGUUUUGCUGGUAGAAAUAAGUCUGGACGUAAAGACGAGUUACAAACGCGUGCGUUAGAACUUUUAAAACUCAGAUCUCAUCAUGCAGAACUUAAAAUUCGUGAACUUUACAAAACAAUACAAGCCAAUCAACUAUCAGCUCAUCAAAUGUACGGACAAUCUGGGACUGGUAAUGAACCAUCAAUCGAUCAAAAUUUACAUCAACGAUCAGAUGAUUCAAGGCAAAGUCAUAAUCUAUCAUGGGCUCGAGCAAUGCGAUCAAGACCAAAUCAACAACAGCCAUUACUAAUCUUAGUUUCACAAAAAGAUUUACCACCAGCACACCAAGCUUCAAUGCCGCAAUCACAAGUUACUAGAUCUGCGGCAGCAUAUCAACCGACUACACACAAUACCGUAACAGCACAGGCAAUUAUCAAAAACGCUCAAAAAUUGGGAUUAAUUGGGGAGGAAAAAAAUAAAUUCAACUGUCCAGAGAUUUACAGAGUCUUAAAUCAAUUAACGGCUUUGACUUUCCUUCCUCCUUCUCAAGUGAUUAAAACAUUUCAUCAACUUCAAAACAAAACUAAAGAAGAUUUUGGAAAUCAUUUCGAUCAACUAUUUGAAUACUAUGAAUCUCAAUGGCUAAAACAAACAAAACCAGAAGGCUUUAAUGUGUAUGGAUCGCAUGAAGACAGGACGGACAACAUCAUGGAAGCUCAUCACCGGGACCGCAACAGAGACCUAGAGAAAAACCUUCUCCCGAGUAUCUUCAUCGGUCCUUUAAAAAAAAUUCCAGAUGUAUCUAGAGUAGAUAUUAAUCAAAUAGAAUUAAAUAAUAAUGAAUUUCAGGAAAUGUGGAAGAGUAUGAAUAAUGAAAUAAAAAAUAAUGGCACUGAAGAAAAUAUUGAUUAUUUAGAAUAUAUUAAUAAUUUAAAAUGUAUAAAAGAACUGGAAGAAGAAGAAUUAAAAAUAAUUAAUAAAAAUCUCAACAUUAUACAACAAAAUCAUCUAAAUGAAACAUUUGAACUAGAUUUUGAAGAUCUUGAAAAUUAUGAACGAUUAAUAGUGAACAUCGAUAACAAAGUAGAAUUAACUUAUGCUAUGAGCUACAUCAAUCGGCGCUAUCUGCAAAAUGCAAAUGAAAAAAUCAUAUAUGUUAAAGAUGAUGAAAUAGAAAAAAAAAAUAUAUAUAUCUAUUAUAACUAUUAAAAAUGAAAAUAACUUUUGCAUAUAACUUACCUAGACCUAAAGAAUUGUGUUCAAAUAAUAAUUACCAGUUCCUGUGCAACAAAGAAGUUGUUUCAUUUAAUUUAACCAUAAUCAAAACUAAUCAAUAUCCUUAACUAUUUAUCCCUGUCUUACACUAUCUACAUUUCAUUUUCUCUAUCCCACGCUUUGUUAUUUUA